AUGGCCUCUGUGCAAAGACAACAGCAACAGCGGCUCGAGGACCACAACGAGACUCUGGAAAGCAUUUCCCAGUUCAAUAACCUGAGUUUGGAUGAGAGUGUUGAUGAAGAUCAAGGAAUGAAUGGUGGUGAUGAUGUUGGCGAGAGCCCCAGUGAAGAAAUGGGAAACAAGUCUGAUACCACAGACUCAUCCAUCAACAUUAAGAACUCAAGUUAUGUGGAAUCAAACAACAAUUCAAAUGGUGAAGAGACAAAUGAGCAAAAGAAUUUGGAGAAUGAGGAUAGUGAAGAUGGUGUUGAUGAUGGGAGUGAUAAUGAUGACUCUGCUAAUGAGUUCCUCAAUUCGAGCUCGUUUCUAUCAAACUCACAAAUCAUACGGUCUGCAAACCUCAACAGUUAUAAACCAAUAAAUCAAAAGACUAUUUCAAGUCCAACACCUGCUUUAAAGAGUUAUACACCAAAAUCAAAAGACCAUUUCCAAUUUUCAGGCUCCAAAUCAGCACCACCUGGACUCUCAGAUCAUUCUGAUGCUGAAGAAGAAGAUAGUGAUGAUAAAGAAGAUGAAGAUGACGUUGAUUUGCAUAAUGGCCAUUAUUCUCAUUCUAAACAAAACAAUAUAGAUAUUGAUGAUCCAGAAUCAACACCAAAACUACCCAAGAUCAAUAUAGACACUACACCAUGGAGGAAGUUAAGACCACCGAGUGCAUUGCCAUCGAAAGAGGUCCCAACUCAACAACUGUCGCUCAAUUUUAUGAAAUCUUUGUUUGAUGGUGAUAAUGAAAAUGAUCCAAUUCGAUCCCCAACAAGAUCUGUCUCUUUGUUUGAAAGUUCAGGUAACACUGAUAGUCUUGGAACGACAACUGCUACAACAUCUUAUGAAGUUGAAAAUCUAAAGAAACAAAUUACAAAUUAUAAACUGCAACUGAGACUUCUAACUGAAUUUAUAAGAAACAUCAUUAGGAAUACAGGUAAUGGUUCUGGAAGUAUCAAGAAUGACAUAAUGGAGAGAUUGGAAAGAGAAAAUGAUAUUCUUUUCAAUGAGCGUGAAAGAUUACAAAAAGAUUUGAAAGAUACUAUUGGGUUUCAUGAAACUGAAGAAUCUGCAAAAGUGUCUGAAAAGAUGAAAGAGAUUCUGGAAUUGAAAAAUGAUUUGAUUGCAACGCGUGAUUUGAAUAGUGAAUUGAAUUCAUAUAUUGAUGAAUUGAAAGCUAGAACUGAGGAUCAAGAUCAUCUUAUUGAAACAUCAAAUGAAGAUGCUGAUAGAUGGGAACAUUUGAUAAAUGAUAUAUUGACAUUAUUGUUGGAUUUUCUGAAAGGUGAAUCUGCAAAAGCCGUUUUACAGGCAAGAGAUCAAUCAAAAUCCUUGGAUACAAAACUAAAAGUUGUUUCAUUUUCAAUUAAUGAAAUUUUGGAAAAUUAUGAACAUCUUUCAGAUAAUAUUUCCAAAGCUAAUGGGUAUGAUGCUGAGUCCAUCUCUACCUUUAUUGAACAAUCACAAACCAAAAUUGCAAACUCAAAGAAAAUUGAACAAGAUUUAAAACAACUUUUGAAACAACAAUCUGAUUCUUUCACCUCUUUAAAAUCUGAAUUUUCUUCACUACAAAAUCAAUUUAAAGAAAACUUGGAAUUUGUUGCAAGUCUGAGAAAGCUGUUGGGUGAAAAAAGAGAAAAAAUCAAGAAACUAAAUGAUACCAUAAUACAAUUGGAAGCACAAGUGGAGGAGCAUGGCUCAAAUCCACAUGAGUCGAGCACAGGAAUUGAAAAGGAAACACAAUUGUUGAGAAAUAGAUUAACAAUAAUUAAAACAAACCAUUCAAAAGAAGUUGAAAAUUUACAUGCAGAAAUUGAAAAUAUGAAACUUAAAAUAGAUGAAAUAUCUGCCAAAGGUCCUACAGGAGAUGUGAUCUUAACAGAAGAGUUGCUCAAAAAACAAAGAGCGAUUGGUGAAUUAGAUAAUGAGAUCAAUGCUCUUAGACAACAAUUGGAAACUAAAGAUGACCAAGUUGAUUCCACAAUCUCCAAUCUCAAGAAUCUUCUACGUCAAACCAAGCGUGAUUAUGAAAGUUUAUUACAAGAAUAUCAUCAUAUUCAAAACUUGUUGAAAGAAUCUCAAAGUGAAUUACAGUCAAAGGAUAAAGAAUAUAGAAGAAAAUUAGAGCAUGCUGCAAAAGAGUUGAACCUGGCCGUUGCCAAACAAAGAAGUUUAGCUGCUGAAAAGAGUAAACUGACGUUUGCAUUGGAAGAUUCUAAAAGAGAACACUCAUUGUUGAAAUUGAAUAACAGUACAUUGACUGAAAAAGUUGGCAAGCUAAGUUAUCAAGUUUCAAGCUUAACAAAUUAUGAACUGGGGUUUAACAGUUUAUUCCAAUUACAAAUUACUAAUUUCCAAAAUUUAUUACAUCAUUUUGAUUCAAUUUUGGAAGAAUCUUCAGUUAAUCAAGCUCAAACAAAGUUAUCUAAAUUGGUUGAUUCAGAAUUAGAUUUUGACCAGAUUCAUGGGAUUAUGAGAUCCUUGUUUUCUUAUUUUGAAAAUGCUACGCAUUCAUUAAUAUCAGAUCAUUCUCAACUGUUGAUCAAUUCAAAUAUUGAAUUCAAGAAUUCACAAAAUGAAAUCAACAGCCUGAAAAAUCAAAUUGACUCCUUGAAUGAAGAACUUCAAUGGUAUAUUGUGAACUAUAGAGAUCAAAAUGAUCUGAGUCCAAGAUCAAAAUUAAGAAUUGAUGAAUUGGAGAAGAGAAGAAAAGCUGAAAGGGAAAGAAGAAAGCUAGAAAAUCAGGCUUCAGAAGAACGUAUUUUAAAAUUGGAAAAGGAAAACAAGGAAUUAAAGGAGAAGUUGAAACAGAUUAAUAGGUAA